UGAGGUCAGGUAGCGAGCUUGGCAGUGACGUGUAUUUCUCCACCGGGGGAGAAAAACGGCUCCAUGUGGAGUUGUCAUAAAUGAAUGCUAACGAGUGUAUCCCUUUUGAUGUUCUUUUUUGGUUUUUAAUGAUCGGAGCUGUUUGGGUGGUCUUAAACUGAGGGAUCCCCCGGGGCUGUGCGGUCCUGUGUGCUGCUGGAAGCUGAGACGUCCCACGUAAUCCUGUUGUGCUUGGGUUUGGUGGUUUGUUUUUUUUUUUUUCAGUCUAUUAAUAGAACCAAAUGCUGAAACGCUUAAAUGCUCCUCGUGAGCAACUGGGCUGCGUUUGAACUGAAAACAAAGGCUGCCUGCUGAGAUGAUUUCUUAUCUGGAAGAGCAGUCCCAGGUUUGCUGUAAACUGCCUACAGUAGCUAUAAUGACACCAGCCCUCAGAGAGGCAGCAACAAAAGGUCAUGGUAUCCACUUGUCACCUUCUUUGUCCUCUAGAGCUAUGGAGUCUGAUACAACUUUGUGCAUGGAAAAUUCCAGAGCGGUGGAAGAGAAGAUAAAAGAGGACUCCAUCGCACGGAUUACUUGCUCAGUCCUGGGGUUCCCCACUGCUGAGCCCAGCCUCAGGAAUAAUAUCUUCAGUGUGCAGCAUUUUGCUUCCCCACCAUCCUCCAAGCACUAUCAGUCUGUCUUGUUAAUGAGUACGAAUUCUGCGUUUAGCAGCAAAACCGGUAAGCAAAUGAAAUCGGGAGAGCCUGACUGCUCCAGGAUGAGAAAUGCAUUGCAUAAUGGCACCGACGCAUCUUUUGGUCAGAUCAGUCAUUCAGGACCUGAGGAACAGGUCAAAGGGGAAGCUUUUUCUGAGACCACAUCUCCAAAUUUGGCAGAAACGCAAAGACUUUUGGAUUCAAAUGUAACUGAAUCCGGCAACGCAGAAGAAAUGCGGCUCUUAAAUGAUAAGUGGUACAAGAAGAAUGGUUUUUUGGGUAGGGCUCUGGGAGUCUGCGCUGAAACAAUAAAAGGGGAUUUAUUACACCAAAUUCUUCACGGGCCUUCAGAAGGGAUUUUGAGCUGCACCCGGGAGGAGAUGUAUGCUCGCUUACUCCAGUGUGUCACUAAGCAACAAAUGGAGAUCAGCCGCGCCAAAAGAACUCAGAAACGUUUACAAAUGCUCCUGGCAAAGCAUGUUAUCAAACACUGUGAUCAGCAGCUGAAGUGCUUCGUAAAACAUCAGCUUCAAAGAAUGAAGGUUUUACACAAGCCAGGCAGGUUUUCGAGCAGUAGCUCCCUCAGGUGUGCGGAAGGUUGGCCAGAAAACACUGCAGCUACUUUGGAAAGUAGUUCGAGUGCGGAUGUACAGAAUGGAGUUUGUGUUGCACCGGGGGAAAUCCGGGGGUUUGCGCUUUCUGCUGGAGGGCUGCUGUCUCGUGUGGAAAAGGAUCUGGACUCCGAUGCAACGUGUAGCAGCUCAGAUGAAGACUAUGAUGAACAGACUGUAAGAACAGCUGUGGAAGCCAGCUAUACUUCUGAAUGGAAGUGGCUUGCAGACAGAGCUAGAAUUGGCAGCCGUUGGACAUGGCUUCAAGCCCAGAUUUCAGAACUAGAAUACAAAAUCCAGCAACUAACUGACCUUCACAGGCAGAUACGUGCCACCAAGGGGAUGGUGAUCUUAGAAGAAUUCCCAUUUCCAAAAGACAUUUUGAAGAAGCAAAUACAGUUGACAGACCAAGAAGCUUUAUUAAACGCCACAGGGAAUUCGCAAGCUGCCAUUGAGAGACAGGAUUCUUUGCCGGAGCAUGACUUUGAAAUGUCACCCAGCAGCCCUACCCUGCUUUUACGAAACAUAGAGAAACAGAGUGCACAACUGAGUGAAAUCAUCAGUAGCCUCAUUGCUCCGCUCAACCUGUCUCCAGCUUCUUCUCUCUCAUCCAAAACUUGCAGGCACAGACAGCUGGUCAAUGGCAUCUCCUUCAGGGCUUCAGACAACAGAGAAGUAUCCUCUUCAAGCAGCUGGUUGCUUGAUCAUCAGCACAUCAAGAAAAGAAGAAGAGACAGGACAAGACUAAGAUCUUUUUCUGUGACUAAUGUCAGCACAUCUGCCCGAACGAGGCCACUUCACAGUUUCCAGAAGAGAAAACUCUACAGAAUGCACAGUGCCUGUGACUGGAAUCAGCAGACUUCAUCUUUUAGAGAUACCUCCUUUCCAUACAGAACUCAGUUACCAUGUGUGGUGCCAACCUCAGCAUUGAGCAGUAGCGAGUACAGCCCGGAAUCUAAAAUGCUGGAUUACGUGCAAGAGCUGGACUCUUCCUUCCAUCCAGUCCUAUCAUUCCCUUCAGAUAUUCCUCUUCACAUAUACUUUGAAACAUUAUUAAGGAAGGAUGACGUCAAGGGAGAACCUGUUGAUGCCUCGUAUCCUGGAGUGGAGUUUAAAAUAGCUCCAGAAAAUGACUAUAACCAUCAUAAUGUUGCUCUCAAACGAUGGAACAAUAGCUGUUUAUCUAAUUCCAAAUCUCAAUCAGUGUCAGGAACAUCUGAGCAGCUGUCGGAAGGAAGAAAGAAAAGACAUCUAAGUGAGACAGCAGUGGGCGAACGUAAUGGUAGGUUUGAGACGUUCUCCUUUCAACAUGCAGAACCAGAAUCCCCUGGCAGUUUUGCAGCCGUGACCAAUAUCAAUGCGAUGUCUAGGCCCACUCACAGCACUUCAUCACAGCAUAACUCCAGGAGGAGGCUGAGAAGCGAGAGCUCCUAUGAUAUAGACAACAUUGUUAUUCCAAUGUCACUGGUGGCACCAUCAAAGUUGGAGAAACUGCAGUACAAAGAAAUCCUGACGCCAAGCUGGAGAGUUGUUGAAUUAGAGCCUUUGGAAAGAUCUCAUGUAAAUGAAGAAGAGGCAGAAGAUCUGUCAGAUGAAGUGUUUUCCUCACGUCAUACAAAGUAUGAAGAAAGAGAGCGAGCGAGGUGGUCGCUGUGGGAGCAGAGCCGCUGGCCCAGAAGGAAUAGCAGAUCUUACAGCAAAAAUGCUGACGGACGACACGGCCAAGAUGUGGUGCAGAAGGACCACCCCGGCAGCUCCUGUGCCUCGCUGCACUGCGCUGCUGAACCUGUUCCCGACCUGACUCCUGAAGCCCACGGCUCUGUUUGUUCAGGGAUUGCACAACUCCGCAGGGAGAGCCAGGAAGCAAAGUCUGGGCUGUGGGAACUUCGAGUUUUUCCACUAAAAGAUGAAGAGGUGGAAGCUUUACUGUGCCAAGAUCAAGUAACAAAUCAGACUGAAAUGUCAAGUGCAGCUUUCCCCAGUGACUCUCCCUGUGCUCCAUGUACACCCAUUGGUUUGCCAGACAAUGGCCUUCCACCACGAAAACAAUCUACAGAAGAGUCAGAAGACAGCGAAAAUGUUUGCCUGGGAACCAACAGUACAAGAAAGCAAAGGUGACAGGGAGUAAUGUGGUUCAUUAAGAAAGCCAAUUAAGGUGGAGAAAAGUGUAAGGUAAAAUCUCUCUUGUUCACACAGCAUAUGACAGCACAAUUCAAAACCUGUACGUUAGCUGCAUAUAAUAUAUUUUCUUUCUUGCUUUGUAACAGGCAGGAUAAUUCCCAAAGACAACACUUUCUUCUUCCUGAACCCCAAGAGAAAGUAAUUAUUUCAAGCUGGAAGUCUAAUAUUCCCAGUGUUGGGAGUGAGCACACAUAAAUUGCUGGCAGCAUUCACUGCUUUCUGUUGUCAUAUCGCCACAUUUGUUAGUGAUCAUCCUUUUUUGUCUUGUUUGUUCUCAAAUGCGUUUCUGGUUCCAGUCGAUUCUGGUGCGACAGGAUGCGCUGUCAACCUUAAACCAACAACUUCAACUGAACACAGAAAAACUACUUGACCAUAUAGUGGGAGGAACAAUAACCACUCAUUAUUUUCCUGUGUGGCAUGAACAUGUGGCAGAAAAUCCACCUCUCUUUAAGUGCAUGCGUGUAACCUGUGCGUAAGGGAAGGGCAGGUGAGAAGCAGCAGUUUGAAAGCAGGCGGUGUGGAAGCCUUGCCUUUAGCUUAAAAUCUGUACUCAGCUCUCAGUAGUGCCAGGGCAUGUUUUGUAUAGACAUCCUCAAGCAAUAAGAUAGAAAUAGACCACUGCAUUUCAAUAGUCCAUGUAUCUGCUACUCAGAAAGUAGGGUUCCUGUUUGUCGUAUGGCUAUAGGGAAUUGGAAGAGAAGAGGAGCUCUCUGAAUAUUGCAUUCUGUGGUCCUUCAGUAGCAAAGGAGGCUCAUAAUAUUUUGCUUUAAUAUGUUAAAGACAAAAAGUCUUGUAAUUUCUGUACAGUGCCUUGCAAGAGUCUCUAAGUAUGCCAACAUUUGGUGACUAGCUGAAAAGGAAGAGAUGGCUGAUGGCUAGAAGACCCGUAAGGAAAAAAGCCCAAAAGCUCUCCACUGUGAUGCUGGGUAGAGUUUUCAUUUCCCAGCGAGUUCACAGUGAGUAAAGAAAAGCAAGUUGUUUCAACUUGGAUCUAAAUAGAGUAGUUUGGGAUGUAUCUGCAGUCUCAAGAGGUAUUAACAAAGAUUAAGCAUUGAAUGUAGGUAUAAUUUACCAACAGGAAGUUCUUCUGUGUAGGACAGUUGAAGGCAAUAUUAUAGGAGUCUCUGUUUUUGUGCAAAAGUUUCUUCUGUGUGUAAAAGCUGGAGCUGAAUGGCACUGGACAGAUGACCCAGUUAUAGUGUCAAUUCUUUUGGUGUUUUGUUGUUUUUUUUUUUGUCAGAAUGACAGGAAAUAUACACUGGACAUCUGAAAACAGUUCAGUAAAGUUUCAACACUACAACCUAUUGCUACAUUGUAGUUUAUUGCACAUUCUGAUUAUUUUUUUAAACAUUUUUUUUUAACACUGGUUUGUCUUAAACUUGAAUCUUGCCUCAAUGUCUGAUACUAUAAUCUUUGAUGCAAGGUUGUUUUUUAAUUAAAAGUUAUUUCUAUAUAUAUAUAUACACAUAUAUA